ACUUUUGGCUUCUAAGCCUCUCUCUCUUUCCCAUUUUUCUGACACUAACUAAACUAAGCAAAACACUCGUAUAAGUUGUCAUGGCUUCCACUUUGGGCUGCUCAGCCACAGACCUCGUCCCCCACCUCACCGGCGUCAACAACGCCACCGCGGUCGCAGACUUCAUCUGCGGCCGCUUAGACGCCGUCUCCACCAAGCUCUCCGACACCACCUACGCCGUCGACACCACCUACCUCCUCUUCUCAGCCUACCUAGUCUUCGCCAUGCAGCUCGGCUUCGCCAUGCUCUGCGCCGGCUCCGUCCGCGCCAAAAACACCAUGAACAUCAUGCUCACCAACGUCCUCGACGCUGCCGCCGGCGGCCUCUCCUACUACCUCUUCGGCUUCGCUUUCGCUUUCGGCUCCGGCUCCCGCUCCAACGCCUUCAUCGGCCACUACUCCUUCGCCCUCACUGGCGUCCCAUCAGCUACCCACGACUACAGCUUCUUUCUCUACCAAUGGGCUUUCGCUAUAGCCGCCGCCGGAAUCACUAGCGGUUCCAUAGCCGAGCGAACUCAGUUCGUGGCUUACCUCAUCUACUCCUCCUUCUUAACCGCCUUUGUCUACCCCAUCGUCUCCCACUGGGUCUGGUCUGGCGACGGCUGGCUCAGCGCCAGCCGUACCUCCGGCGCCCUCUUGUUCAGCUCCGGCGCCAUCGACUUCGCCGGCUCAGGUGUCGUCCACAUGGUCGGCGGCAUCGCCGGUCUCUGGGGAGCCCUAAUCGAAGGCCCGAGAAUCGGCCGAUUCGACCGGUCCGGCAGGUCCGUCGCGUUGCGAGGUCACAGCGCUUCGCUCGUUGUUCUCGGCUCGUUCCUCCUCUGGUUCGGCUGGUACGGGUUCAACCCCGGUUCGUUUUUAACCAUCCUGAAAUCGUACGGUACUGCCGGGACUUAUUACGGGCAAUGGAGCGCCGUAGGGAGGACAGCUGUGACUACAACAUUGGCUGGUUGCACAGCCGCACUUACUACCUUGUUUGGCAAGAGAUUAUUGGAUGGACACUGGAAUGUCGUUGAUGUGUGUAACGGUUUGUUAGGGGGUUUUGCUGCGAUCACCUCAGGGUGUUCGGUGGUAGAACCGUGGGCUGCAAUCGUGUGUGGGUUCGUGUCAGCUUGGGUUUUGAUCGGGUGUAACAAGGUUGCAGAGAAGUUGAAGUACGAUGAUCCACUGGAGGCGGCGCAACUCCACGGGGGUUGUGGGUCGUGGGGGAUUUUAUUCACCGGGUUGUUCGCGAAGAAGAAGUAUGUCGACGAGGUGUAUUCGGCGGGGCGGCCGUACGGGUUGUUUAUGGGUGGCGGAGGAAAGCUUCUGGCGGCGCAGCUUAUUGAGAUCUUAGUUAUUUUCGGGUGGGUGUCGGUGACAAUGGGCCCACUAUUUUAUGGAUUGAAAAAAUUGAAGUUGUUGCGGAUCUCGAGGGAGGAUGAGAUGGCGGGGAUGGAUCUGACCAGGCAUGGUGGGUUUGCAUACAUCUAUCGUGAUGAAGAUGAUCUCGCUAAUAGACCUGGGUUUAUGAUGAGGAAGGUCGAGCCUCAGAACUCAAGUCCCACACCUGAUCACAACUCAUCAUCACCAGCUGAAGCUGUGUAGUACAAAGGGCAAUCGGACGGUUUCCCAGAGUCAAACUUCCUACGUAUCAGCUUUUUUCAUUUUAAAAAGAAAAAAAAAAAAAUGGGUAGCUUAUAAUAUGGAUGUUUUAUAU